AUGAGCAACAAAGUUUAUUUCGAUGUCGCUGCCGACGGCAAAAACUUGGGUCGCAUUGUCUUUCAGCUUUACGAUGAUGUCCCAAAAACUGCUGAAAACUUUCGUGCUCUUGCCACCGGUGAAAAAGGUUUUGGCUACCAAGGUUCAACCUUUCAUCGAGUAAUUCCAGACUUUAUGCUUCAAGGCGGUGACUUUACUAAUCACAAUGGCACUGGUGGCAAGUCAAUUUAUGGCGAAAAGUUUCCUGAUGAGAACUUUAACCACAAGCACGACAAGCCUGGUCUCCUUUCCAUGGCCAAUGCUGGCCCCAAUACCAAUGGCUCUCAGUUUUUUAUUACGACUGUCAAGACCAAUUGGUUGGACGGAAAGCAUGUUGUUUUUGGAGAGGUGAUUGAAGGUUUCAAUGUUGUCAAGGAUAUUGAAGCUCUAGGCUCCUCUAGUGGCAAAACUAAAUCCAAGAUUGAAAUUACCAAGUCUGGUACUCUUUAA